AACUUUCUGUGAUCUGUGGUGAUCAUUUCUUAUCCACGUUUUCUUUUCGGAUGCGAAUUCUUUCCCGAUUAUGUCAAACUUUUGAUCGAAAAUUGAGUUUAAUCUCUUAAAAUUAAGUGAUUUCGAAAAUAUUCCAUACCCAUCAUCAUGGCAGAUCAGAAUGAAAGAGCUUUUCAAAAACAACCAACUGUAUUCUUGAACCGCAAAUUUAAUACGAAAAAGAAGAAGUUGAGGUAUUACAAAGAUGUCGGCUUGGGUUUCAAAACACCCAGAGAAGCUAUCGAAGGCACUUAUAUCGAUAAGAAAUGCCCUUUCACCGGCAACGUAUCCAUCCGUGGCAGAAUUUUGACCGGCGUCGUUCAAAAGAUGAAGAUGCAGAAAACCAUUGUUAUCAGACGGGACUAUCUUCAUUAUAUUAAGAAGUAUAAUCGUUUUGAGAAAAGACAUAAAAAUAUGUCUGUGCAUUUAUCACCGUGUUUUAGAGAUGUUGAAAUUGGAGACGUCGUAACAAUAGGAGAAUGCAGACCGUUGAGCAAAACUGUUCGUUUCAAUGUUCUGAAAGUUACUAAAGGCCAAGGAUCGAAGAAAAGUUUCAAGAAGUUUUAAUAUGUAAUGAGUUAAUAAACCUUUUCUUAAAUUA